CAUAUCAGCUACAAAUAUUUACGCUAAGCUAGUAUUUACAUGUAACACCACUUCUUUGCUUAAUAUCAAAAGCAUAAGAAAAUGAAACUCAGCAGCAUUUCAUUUUUGUCCAAGCUUUUAAUACUUCAAUAUCUUUCUGUUCAAUGCCUUUCUGCUCAGGAUUUUGAUUUCUUCUAUUUUAUUCAGCAGUGGCCAGGAGCAAUCUGUGACUCAAAGCAGAGCUGCUGUUUUCCGAAAACCGGAAAACCGACAGCAGAUUUUACCAUUGCUGGACUUAGGCCUAACUUCAAUGAUGGAUCAUCUCCCUCAAACUGUAAUAUUAAAAGUGUCUUUGAUAAAUCUAAGAUCUCAGACCUCAUUAAGGGUUUGGAAAAUAAUUGGCCAUCUUUGAGCUGCCCUAGUGGAAAUGGUAUUAGACUUUGGUCACAUGAAUGGAUGAAACAUGGUACCUGUUCAGAAUCUAAGCUUACUCAACAUGACUACUUUCAAACAGCUCUCAAACUCAAGAAAAAAUCGAAUCUUCUCCAGAUCCUUAAGAAUGCAGGUAUUGAACCAGAUAACAAAUUUUACAACACAGGUAAUAUUUUAGAUGCUAUACAACAGGCUACAGGGUAUUCACCAGGAAUAGAGUGUAAUAGAGAUUCAGCACGAAACAGCCAGCUUUAUCAAGUUUACAUGUGUGCGGACAUUUCUGGGUCAAAAUUCAUUGAGUGCCCUGGUCUUCCAAUGGGUAGCUGUGACGCUAAUGUACAAUUCCCCAAGUUUUAAGAGAAUUUGUUUUGUUAAGUAGAACAUGGUUUGAUUUGUAUUUUGUUCGUCUAGUCAUCAUUACUUCUAAACUAUAUGAUAUCUUCAAUAAGGUCACUUCAAAAUGAGAGAUUUGAUAACUCCAUCUUAUUUCUCACCUAUGAAAGUUGGUUUUAUAUUUUGAGAAA